AUGGCAAAAGAAAUGGGCCCGAUCCAUUUUGCAAAACCCGGUGCUGCACCCCCACCCGAAACACAGAGAAAGCCCACCCCACUCCCAGCAUCUUCUCGAACCACCUCUCCCCGACGGCUCUGCCCCCUGCUCCCACGCGCCUUCGCCCGCCGCCCCCUGCUCCCACGCGCCGCCGCCCGCCGCCCCCCUGCCCACACGCGCCGCCGCCCGCCGCCCCCCUGCUCCCACGCGCCGCCGCCUGCUGCCUCCCUGCUCCCACGCGCCGCCACCCGCCGCCUCCCUGCUCCCACGCGCAGCCGCCGCCCGUCGCCUGCCCCUACCUACCCACGCGCCACCGCCGCCGGCCGCCUGCCCCUCCCUACCCACGCGCUGCCCCCGCCGAGCCAGCCUCCUCCUUCCGCUCCGCCGCCCCCGUCGCCUCGCCAGCCACCUCUUCCCCCGCCGUCGAGCGCCUCCUGGCCUGUGCUCCUUACGGCACCGCUCGCCGCCCCUUCUCCUACCUGUAGCUCUGCCGCCGUGCUGUCCUCAUCGGCCUCGGCUAUGUACCACAGUCCAAUCCCGCCGUCCCAGGCCGUUUACUUUUGCCACCCGCACACGACAUCUCUCCGGCGACUGCGGCCGGGAACAUGCGGCCCUACUCCCUGCUCAAUUCUCUCCUACACAGCUCCUGACGGCCCGUGGAGAAGGCAGAGACGUCAGUGUGUGUUCUUUUUGGCCAACCCGCAGCCCUUGCUGGUUCAAAGACCUUAUAGUGAGAAGGAAAGGAGAUGCUACGGUCAGCAGCUUCCUCGUGCCAUCCCGGUACGUUCUCAGGUUAGAAGAAGGUAUCAGUUCGCUUUGCAAAAACUCUACCGGUGUACAAGUUGUUCUGUUUAUUGCUGCAGUUUCGUGCAUAUUACAGAAGAAAAAACUAAACAGAAUAAAAAUAUGAUAUAUGCAUUGCUUCUUGGCCCAGUUGAGAGAACCAAGCUGUUUUGAAACAAUUCCCCGUGUCUUUAGAAGCAUUCAUGGUUAAAAAGCAAUGACAACCUCCUCCGUUCGAGUUGAGCACUGGUCAUCGUCCAAGUUGAGCACUAGGUGCCGUCCAAGAUCAAAGAGGGUUGUAUGCAAGUACAGAAGUUUAUUUUAGUGAGAAAAAUGCGGGGUUAUGACAAUAUUCUGUGAUUCAUUUGUUUAACCUUAGAACCUGGCGAUACUCAGUAUAUUUUUCUAUGAUGAAGGCACGCAUGAAGUCCUGUGCAAAUGGUUAUCCCCCUA